AUGGAUUCUCUUAACUGCCCUCUUACAUGUGAUAUUUUUCGUGAUCCCGUCAUUGGACAUGAUGGUCACACAUAUGAGCGCGAGGAUAUUAUUGCUUGGUUGCAACAGCAUGGGACAAGCCCGAUUACUCGUGAACCAAUGACUAUCGAAUCACUACGUCCAAAUCACAUUGUGCGAAAGAUGAUCGACGAAUUUGUAGCAGUUUCGAAGAAGAAAGAAUACCAAUUUCAUCUCAACGUAGAUGUUCGCAAAACGGAAACACGACCCUGGUUUCAAACAUUCACCAAAGCAAUUUACAAAGCUGAAUGGGUCGGUAGACAAGGCCCACCAAUUGUUCUAAUUAAAAUCGAUGGUGCAAAGGCCAAUCGCGAAGCUUUGUUUUAUGUUCAACUCGGCUGUCAUCCACAUAUUGUUCGCACAUUUGGUCUUGUUGAAAGUGACAUAAAUUCUGUCAUGCUCGUGCAGGAAUGUGCAGAACAAGGCAACCUUGCCGAAUUGCUACAAGAAAACAAUUUCAAACCAAUUAGAAGCGUUCUCGUCGAGAUAUUUACUCAAAUUAUUGAUGCAAUGAUUUGCCUUGCUGAUAAUAAAAUAGUUCACGGAGGUUUGGCCUGUCGAAAUGUUCUCGUCUUCCGAUGUAAUCCAAUUAUUCCAGAGGAAAACCUCGUUAAAUUGACUGAUUUUGGUCUCACUCAAGGCAGCGAUCUUUUUUCUGUGGCUGCUAGUUCGUUACAAACAGUAAUGACGAUUGUUCCUGUCAGGUACGCGGCACCAGAAAUACUCCGAACAAACAGCAAUACAAUGUUUUAUUCGGAAAAAUCCGAUGUGUACUCUAUGGGUGUGUUAAUGUGGGAAGCGUGCUCCUAUGGAACACUUCCUUUUGCCUCAUUGUCUGAUGAUAGGGAUGUCCGUCGCUACAAAUUGCGUGGCGAUCAAUUACCUCGACCUGCAACUUGUGAUGAAGACCUUUGGUCAGCUAUCAUUCAUUGUUGGCGACUAGAAUCAUCUGAACGACCAACAUUCAAAGAACUAAGACGUAAAAUAAUGGAUUCAGCUCAUGGGUCAGAUUCGACAGUACUGAAACCCGUUUUAGAAGUCGGAAAGAUAUCUCAAGUUCGACUCAUGCCUAGUCGUUCAUAUGAAAAACGAUUACCAUCAGUUCAUUUCGAAUCCCAUGAAGACAAAAUACCUUGUGAAUAUUGCAAUGAACUUGUGAACUUCGAUAAAUAUAUAAUGCACACACAAGUAUGUGCUGCUCAAGAACAGCCGCAAGCCAUCAACGAAGUCCGACUGCAUGGCAAGCUCAUUGUCAAAUAUCUUCCUGAAGGCAUAAUCCUCCCGGCCUUACCAGAAAAUGACUCAAGCAUCGUACCAAAAGAUAUCAUUGAGCAACGGCGAGCUCAGCUUGAACGUUACUUGAAUCGUCUCGUUCGAAAUAAGAGACUCGUUUGUGAUCCCGAUUUUUUGGUGUUCAUCGAACUACCUGAAGAAUUACCGAAGAUGACAAAUAAUCUUUGGCGAGAUCUUAUGUCUACGCCGAAAGUAAAAACACAGAAAGGCGACUGGUUUGAUGAAAGACAGAAGUACAUUCUUGAUUUACAAGCUGAUCUGAGGAUGUUAAAAUUUCAUUUCGAUUAUUUAUACAAGAUGCGAAAAGAGUCCAGCGUAACAGUUGAUGCACUUGCUAUGCAACUGAAUAUGUUAGCCACGUGUGAACAUCAUUCACUUCUUAGUUUCAACUUUAUUCGAGCUGGCCAGUACUCAAGAGAAACUAAGCCAACUCAAUUCGGAUCUCAUUCAACAAGAGUUUUUAUUAAUGAAUGA